GGCGGCGCCUGCAAUCUCUGGCCCCUCCCCCGGCCGCCAUUGCGGGGCCUGCCGGGUUGUUCUGCGCAGCUCCCUCUCCUCGCUGGGUCGAGCUGGGCACCCGCCCGACAGGGCAUUCCCUGACCGGGCCCACACCUCCCCACGGCCAGAGCGCACUGUCCUCCAACAGUGCACCUGCCGGCGGUCCCAACCCAGCGGGAGAAGUGGACAUGAGGUUGGCAGGCCCGCUCCGCAUCGUGGCCCUAGUUGUCACUGUGGGUCUCACCUGGAUCGUAGGCAGCAUCCUCCUGGGUGGGCCUGGCAGUGGAUUUCCUCGCAUCCAGCAAUUCUUCAACAGCCCAGAAAGCUCUGUGACUGCAGAACCACGGGCCAGGAAGUACAAGUGUGGCCUACCCCAGCCAUGUCCUGAGGAGCACCUGGCCUUCCGCAUGGUCAGCGGGGCUGCCAACGUCAUUGGACCCAAGAUCUGCCUCGAGGACAAGAUGCUCAUGAGCAGUGUCAAGGACAACGUGGGCCGUGGGCUGAACAUUGCCCUGGUGAAUGGCGUCAGCGGUGAGCUCAUUGAGGCCCGUGCCUUCGACAUGUGGGCUGGAGAUGUCAAUGAUCUGUUGAAGUUCAUUCGGCCACUGCAUGAAGGUACCUUGGUGUUUGUGGCAUCCUAUGACGACCCAGCCACCAAGAUGAAUGAAGAGACCAGGAAGCUUUUCAGUGAGCUGGGCAGCAGGAAUGCCAAGGAGCUAGCUUUCCGCGACAGCUGGGUGUUUGUGGGGGCCAAGGGCGUGCAGAACAACAGCCCCUUUGAGCAGCAUGUGAAGAACAGUAAGCACACCAACAAGUAUGAGGGCUGGCCUGAGGCGCUGGAGAUGGAAGGCUGCAUCCCACGGAGAAGUGUGGCCAGCUAGCACAGCCAAGCACCAAGACCAAGCUGAGGGAGGUUGCAUGGUGCCAGCACAGGGUCCAGGUCUCGCCUCAUGCCCAAGCAGGAGGUUCCCCAGCCCCAACACAGCAGGGCUCUGAGGCAGUGACCACAUGGCCCCAAGGUGAUGGGGACUGUGGAGCUGGCCGUCGUACUUUGUCAUAGAAGCCCAGGUACCCAUCUCCUUCUCUUAAAGCUGGCCCCACAGUCAGCCCCCACUCUGCCCUUUCUUCCUCCACUCCUGACCUCUCCUUCCCCAUUCCCAAGAGCCCCUGGCUGCAAAGGCUCUCGGUGCUCAUCCCUCUCACUGUAGCAGCCACUUCACAGGUUGGGGCAUCUUCCAGAACCUCUACCUUCUAGACCUGCUCACUAUAUUGUGGUCCAAACUUGCUUCCAGUGUGAUUUGCUUUCAGUGAGCCAAACCUAGUGACCACUUUCACAUGCCUGACUGCCUCCAGCCUCACUCUAAGCAGGAGAGGGUCUGCUUGGAGCAGACUGUCCUUGGGUAAAGCCAGAGCCUGGUCACAGCCCCUAAUGCAGCACAUGGCAAUGUGUGGUUUGUCAAAGGGCCCAUCUUCUAUAUGACCUCUUAAUAAAUUGAUGGCCCCCAAUGGAAUGAAAUGCAUUCAGAUGUUGUCCUCAGUGGAGAGUCAGGGGUGGUGUUGUGUGUAUGGAGGGGAUAAGUCCUAGAGACUCAGCCAACCUGUCCCCACAGCCUUAGCAGACAGCCUUUGUCUAUAGGGUCCCUGCCAUUGACAGCCCCCCUCCCAGUGGCUAAGAUGUGACUCGUGGUGAGCAGAUUAGCUCCCCAAAGAGUAUCACCCAUAGCCUUGACUGGAGACAUGGUUCUGUCUUCUGGGGCCCAAGGAAACUCAACAACUCCCUCCCACCCAGUAUGCCCCUAGAGGAACAAGUAUGAGAACUGAAACCACCAAGGUGCUGACAUAUCUAAUAUGGGGGUGCAGAAGCAGUCUGAGUUCAAAAAAACAAGAAAUGGGGACUUAGACUUCCCAAUGGGAGGAAUCAGAGCAUUGUGGUAAUUUGAGAAACAAGUCAGGCAUUCUUGAGGUGGCUAUGUCAGGGGGCAAUGGACUUAGGAAUCCUGCUGUGGGGACAGACUUUCUGAGCCUUCAACUCCUAGGCAUUAAGUGCUGACAGAUGCAGGGCAAGUACUGAGUGCAAAGCAGACCUUAACAAUGAAAGUCAAGGGCAGGCAGAUAUCAAGUUAGAGGCAUGGAAGUGUCGAAGAGAAAAGGCCCACCAGGGAGAAAGUGGUUGUUAUGCCAGGACUGUAGAGAUCAAGGCAGAGAAAGGAGGGCUCAGCCUGUAUGCAGAUGGCAAUCAUAGCAGCCAACACGCAGCCCUGAGCCUGUGCCAAGCUUGUAAUCAUGUAUUCCUUUUUUCCAGGAAACAUUUCUUAGAGCUAUUUUAAGUUCACAGCAAAACUGAGCAAAAAAUACAGAGUGCUUCCCCCAUCCUCCAUUUGUUAAAAUCAAUGAACCUACAUUGGUUUACAUUAGGGUCUACUCUUGGCAUUGUGCAUUCAGAGUUUUGACAAAAUUGUGUAAUAACAUGUGUCCAUCACU